AUGACUGAAAUUUCGCAAAAUGAUGUCUUUCAAAUCAAACAACUUGAAGAUCUCGUGAAACAACUCACUUCAAACGUGUCGAACUUUGAUAUCGUUCCUUUAUUGAUAAAUAUUCCAAAUUUAAUAUCUGGUCUUAAAUCAUGUAAACAUAUUUUAAUUGAUGAUGCUUUAAUGUUUGAUGAACAAAGUAAAACUUAUGCCUGGGCACAGGUUGUAAAAAUCGUUGAAUUAUUGGCAAAUGCUGCAAAAAAUGAUAAUUUGCGUGAUCCUCUCGGUGUAUCGGGAGCUUUCGAAUUAACUUGGUUCAUUGUAAUAGAUAAAAACCGGCAACAGUUUAUAGAUACCGGUGGAAUUGAUGUAGCGCUUAAUUGUUUAAAACAACAGAAAGAUUUAGAAACGAUUCGCGCUUCUAGUGCGACAUUAUUAAACGCAGGUCUUAAUUAUGAUAAUGUCAAUGUUGGAAUAGUAGAUAAGGAUGGAUUAAGUACUUUGGCCGAAAUCCUUGAUCCUGAGUGUGUAUUAAAUAAAUACGAGAAUGAUAUUGAAGUUGCAAGAACAUGUGUAUAUUUUGCCACUAGAGUUAUAAUAAAUCUCAUCGGCACAGCUGAGGGAAAGAAGGAGAUUGGAAAUACAAAAGUGAUCACCUCUUUAGUUCACCUUUUAAAGUAUGCAUCUAGGGAAGAUGCUGUAGACGAUGAUGUUGAUAUAUUAGAGAAUGUUGUGGAAAUUUUAGAAACUGUUGCUUUAGAAAGUGAUGACGUGCAACAAAUUCUUGUACGAAAUAAUUUAUUCCCUAUUUUAUUGGAUUUCUUGGAAUUUUCAAAUCCCCCACUUAAUUGUGAACAACGUAUAAUUAAGAGUUAUGGUGAAUGUAAAGCUGCCGUAUUGAAAGUUAUUGUUUCUGUAACAAUGAGUGACAGCAAUAUGGAUCCAUUGUUUAAUGAUGCCAUUUUAUUGAAUCGAUUCCUUCAUUGGUUGAAUUCGAGUACAGAUCGCGAUGAUUUACAAAUGUGUUCUGCAUUAUCUUUGGGAAAUCUCGCACGAACUGAUAAACAUUGUAUACAAUUGGUUCAUGAAUUCAAGAUUGGUGAACCACUUGCAGACGUUCUAAGAACUUCAAGUAACAUUAAAGUACAGCAUGCUAUUAUAAGUGUGCUCAAGAAUAUUUCACUGCCAGUUGAAAAUAAGGAAACAAUUGGAUUUCUGGGAAUUAUUGGAAUGUCUGCGCCCUUAUUAGAACAAGAUACCGUUCAACCUGUUCAGUUAGGGGUUGUUGGAAUUUUAAAGCAUUUAUCAUCUCAGAAUCUUUCAAAUUCGGUAAAGGUUAUUAUGGGAGAAAAUCCAGCUGAUACAGAGACACCAACUCCAUUAAAUCGAUUAUUAUCUUUAAUUAAGAGAUCAGAUGAAAUACCUGUUCGAAGUGAGGGAACACGUGUCCUUGUUAAUCUUGUAAAAAAGCUUUGGAGCGAAAAUCCAUACAAGGAACUAGAUGGAAUUUCAAUGAAAAUGUUGAGACAAAAAUUGAAUAAAGUGGAAAUAGUUGAGCCACUUGUUAAUAUGGUUAUAGAAUCCAAAUAUCCUAUACUUCAAAAUGAGGGUAUAAUUGCCUUGACAUUAUUAUUAAUGGAUGAUACGGCUAAAGAAACCAAUCCUUCUUUAAAUUUCUUGACUUCACAAAAAGUUGAUGGUAGCGUUGUUGAAGUAUCAUCAAAUACAGAAGUUGUAGUAGCAACGGCAAAAGUAGAUGCAGCAUCUGCAUCUUCACCCGCGUCUGCACCACCAACACCAACACCAACACAAUCUUUAUUAAAUAUUAUAACUGAUCUUAUAUUAAAUGAAAAAGAUAAAUAUCCUGAUGAAAUAAGGAGUAAUGGUUGUAUGUUAUUAGAGAAAGCUUCAAAGGCUGCUUGUGGUCCUCAGAAACAUUAUUUGCGUGAAAAGGUACCACCUGUAAUAAAAUCUUUAUUUACAAACGAACAAAAACCGAUAAGUGAUAGAUUAAAAUCUGAUAUCGAUAAAGUAUUGAAAGCUUUGGAUUAA